UGAUGAAACAAACAUUUUUUACUCCAAAUACUUUUUCGCCGGUCAGAGUGACCUCAUUUCCAUCUCGCUUCCAGUACAGGGCAGCCAGUUCCUGAGUUUCUGAUAGUUUCGACUUGUUGCGUAUGUUUUAUUCGUGCGGCAAGGUGCCUAUCCUUUUUACUCCAGCUGCAAAACGCAGGUCUGUUUCGAGCGCGUAGAUGGAAUUCCCGGGGCGAGCGCUAGCUUAUUUGAAACACUUUCCCGUCGUGUUUACUUCCCGGCGAACAUGUGCAGACUGCUGAUGUCAAACGGCGCUCCACGACAAGGAUCUGAGCUGAAUUAUUUCAAAGGAGGAGAACCCCGACGGUGCAUGCGUGAAAUGGGACGUUCCACUCCGAAGCGGAUACUGCUAUUACACGUGGAAGCGCGAUUAUUAACUGUGACCGACAGAGUUCCUAACUUUGGCAGGUGUAGACGGCAUUAUACCCUUUCUUUAUUCCAGGGCGUUUGACUCUCACUCUUUGAUAAAAGCCGCGCGUUCGAACAUGAUCUCAGAGAAUGAGAAUGUUGAUAAUGACCUGCUACAGCUCGCCGAAACACAGGAGGUGGCUCAUUGACAUAUUCUAUUACAUACUUCUGGUGUGGACCAAAGAAAUGGACGGACUAGCAAACUUUUCAAAUUACUUGACUCGGAUCAUCCAGAGCCACGCCGCUCGCGCCUGCGACGGAGAGAGGAUGCGCCUUCACUGUCCCAGACACUCGACGAUAUCGAUACUGUCAGCGUCUUACGGCCAAUCAGAGACCGCCCUCUGCGUCCCCACGGCGGAUGCCCGCCGGCCACCAGACAGAACCUGCUACGGAUUCACCGCCGUACAGAAGCUGUUGGCCGAGUGCCACGGUCGUCGUGACUGUCAGCUCCCGGUGAAUAGACACGUCUUCGGCUGCGACCCCUGUCCCGGGACCCCCAAGUGCCUCCACGUAUCUUACAAAUGCAAGCCCACCGAGCACAGGAGGAAAGUGGGGUGCCAGGGGGAGAGUCUGAGGCUGCACUGUAAAUACCCGCGCGUCCUCAACAUCUAUGCUGCGGUCUAUGGUCGCGCCGUGGAGGACCAAAAGACCUGCGCUCCAGACGACCAGGAGCCCCCGCCGUUCGAAUGUUUAUCCCAUGGAGCCGUGGACCUGGUCACGGAGGCCUGCUAUGCUAAAGAGAGGUGCAUGAUCACCGUUGACGACCACAGCUUCAGAGACCCCUGCUUCCCCGGGAUAAGGAAGUACCUCACCGUGCUGUAUGCGUGUGUGCCCGAGACCUUGCUCAGAGAGGCAGACCCGAACGCUUUCAACGUUCCCAACCCUACCUCGGCUCCGAAACGGAAUAACGAUUCAGGAGUACCUCCAUAUCCCAUCGGAUCACGACUCCCAGACAACAGAAGGUUUAUUUUGAGCAACUCCCUGAUGGCCUACGGUUACAUUAAAGAGAACCCCGAAAUGGCCGCCCUGCUGUUCAUCUCCAGCGUGUGCGUGGGCCUCCUGUGCACCCUGCUGGCCGUGUCUGUGAGGCUGUCCUGCCCCAGGGCCGCAGGGGCAGGGGCGAAGAGCAAGGCCCCGCCCAGGCAGGGGGCGGGGCGGAGGGAGGAGCAGGAGGAGGAGGAGGAGGAGGAAGAGGCGGAGGCCAGCGUCUCCUCGCUCUCCAGCAGCGACAGGAAGGGCUCGUUCGGCUGGGAGGCCACAGACACCACCCUGGAGGCGGCGGAUUUGGCGGAGAGGAUCGAGCGGCGGGAGCAGGUCAUACAGGAGAUCUGGAUGAACGCGUACCUGAACGGGACCUCCAUGGGACCCCGCUGAACUCAAACCAGCCCCCAGUUUGGGCCAAAAGGAAUGCAGCCAACAGGGUGGCCUUAAUGUGGUUCAUUACCAUUUUAACUUUCUUUAUCUCGUCAAAAAGCCUACAAACCUAUAUUGGCCAAGUAGAUGAACUAUGAACUCUGUUUAGAGUCAGUUCUUGGAUGGGAUUUGGGUAGACCCAGCAGACCUUUUUGUAUUUGGCUUGGCUUUCACAAACGAGACCCUGAUGAAACAUUUACAAGGGACUUAUUUCAAGUCCACAAUGAUUAACUCAUUGUUGGAUAUCAAAUACCAAAGAUACAAGAAUGCAUUCCUGGCUGGGUCAUUGCGAAUGACAGGAAGGAUAAGUGAUUAUCCACAUGGUGAUUACCAUCCUGAUGAAGCCCCACCUUUGUGCAGGAACUCCCGGGCGCUUCCUUUCGCCUUAACAGAAGCUUUACUUUGGCAGUGCGACGGGCCGGACGGUCUCUCAGAACGUUCUGGAAGCUUCAUCUCUGAAGUGCUUCCUGUAGCGCAUCGGUGGGGUCCAACACACUGCGAAAGCAACAUCCUGUCCAGAAGAAAACGGCGUUGGGAUCUUAAUCCCGCUACUGGCAUUCGCCGGGACAAAGAGAGGAAAGGUGUUGCAUCCUUAUCCGAGAGAGAGAGGAGAGAAAGAGGGGAGAGAGGGAGAGAGAGAGACGAGAGAGUGAGAGUGAGAGAAAGAGGUGAGAAAGAGAGAGAGAAAGGGAAAGAGAGUGUGGUAUGUUAGAGAGCACAAAGACUCCUUCUGUUUGGUAGAGGAGUCAUUUAAAUGCGCACCUCAGACUCAACACCACGAUGGACAAAACGACAAAGCAUCAUUACAUUUUCAACUUUUAAUUCACAAGUACCCAAGACACCUUAACUAGCAUGCACUGCCUAAACCAACCGGUGAGGUGCGACUAGUAAAGUCAGGAAACUCCAGCCGGGCUCAGCGGAGCUGAAACGUGGCCGGAUGUCACAUCGAGAGUCAACGGGUAAGGCCUGACGCCUGUGGUAGUCCAGGGAUGAGGGACAAACGGUCUCCACUCUGGAGCAGAGUUCACCUGGGGCCCCACUUGAUGUUGGAAAGCCCCUGAAACUGCUUCUUCAGGGCCUGCCGGUCCGCCCACUCGGACUGCAGAUGAGAAUCGUCGUCCGCCUCCUCCAGUUUCUGCAAGCCAACGGGAAGUCACGACUAAAUCACCGCAGCAAACAUGACAUCCAGCGUGGAGGCAGACAGACAGACAGACAGACAGACAGACAGACAGACAGACAGACAGACAGACAGACAGACAGACAGACAGACAGAGGGAAAAGCAGACGCAGGCCGCUGCAAAGCGUGUCUGUUUCCAGAAGGACCGUCUCGGCUCGUACCUUGAGCUCCUCCUGACGCCGGUAGUAGUGCAGCAUCAUCUGUUUCUGCUCCUCUGCGUUCACCGGGGGCUCCCUCGCUGGCGCCCCCUGGCCUCUCUGCAAAGAACAGCACCCUGGGGUCACACAGGCUGACUCAGAGAAACUCAGAACGUUGGAGAACCAGAGUUACACAGUGCUGGAGACCUUACAUAAACCACAGAUAAAUAUGUUACAUAGGCUCACUUUUUCUUCUGUUGAUACUUAUUUGUCCCCAUCAACAAAUAAUUUUCGCUCAAAAUUGCCCAUUUAAGCUGGUGGGACCGGCAUUUUUAAACUGGAUGCACCAAACGAGAUGACCAGUGAAAACGAUUGAACUGCCUAAAUGAACUGCAGAAGAGACUGAGUGUAAUUGCGUUAUACUGUUUCCAGUAUUGUACCUGAAUUAAGCUUAUGUUGCUAACAAAUGAACAGUAAGAAAUGCUCGUGAAAUAUGCCACUUAUCAAACUUCCUUCCAUUCAUAUAAAUCAUUAUUAUCUCUUGCUAAAACGAGACUAGUCUACGAAAACGAGUUCCAAGCUGAAUUUUUGGCAGAGUUCAUUUGGCCCCGCCGCACCUUAUGGAUCUUGACGACGAUCUUGGUCUUCUCGUUCUUGCCCACGUAGUCCUGGAGCUUCUUCCCUCUCUGCAGCUCCUUGGCGGCCCACCAGAGCUGGGCUUCCUCGGGCAGGAUCACCUGCAGCGAGGCCUGGUGGAGGUCAUCCCGGGGAGGGGGCCCAAAAACACACUUUAGACACGCAGGUCAUGUGACACAGGAGUGGGAGUUAUCUACAGGUCAUGUGACACAGACUGGCAGGAGUGGGAGUUAUCUACAGGUCAUGUGACACAGAGGGGCAGGAGUGGGAGUUAUCUACAGGUCAUGUGACACAGAGGGGCAGGAGUGGGAGUUAUCUACAGGUCAUGUGACUGAGGGGCAGGAGUGGGAGUUAUCUACAGGUCAUGUGACACAGAGGGGCAGGAGUGGGAGUUAUCUACAGGUCAUGUGAUACAGUGGUGGGCAAAGAGGGCUGUAUCAGUUUCGGGAUCACAUGUCAACUUCCCCCCUUAGUUAUUUAAUGAACCUGAUCUGUUACACGAUUUGAAGCAUGCGAGUAGCAGCUGAUGUGGUUUUGGUGUGUACAGACGUUUAGCCAACUGAGCCAGGAUAACUGGUGUAACACAAGCCUGCAUACACACCGACCCUGCGGGAAGGAAUAAGUAUGGGCCUGUUUCACAGACACAGAUUAGUCAAAAGUUAUUGGUGUGUGCCAGUUAAAGAGUUCACAGAGUUCACACUCGCCCCCCCCGUGUACCUGUGUUCCGGAGAGAUCUUCCUGGUUCUCGAACUCCAUCCUGAUGGGGUCGUGUGGGGGCAGGCCCAUGGGGUAGACGAUCAUGGUUGCACCUCGGAGCUGGUCUAGAGCCUCUUUAACCAUCUCCAUGGUGACGCACACGCCCGCCUGCACCUGUUUCUGAAAAAACAAACA